CACAAAUGCAAUACUCAUACAAUGUUGGGCAACAAUAUGUGCCUAAAGUAUGAUGUAAUCAAUGCAUGCAUUCAUUUAUUGUAAAUAGUUUUCAAUUAAUUGGGAUUUACAACCAUUUAAUUAAAAAUAGUUAAAUUCAAUAUUUUAAUCAAUUUAUAUAAUUUAACAUUUGUUUCAUUCAAACGGCUCUCAAACAAACAAAUCAAAGUAUGUCAUUCGGUUUAUUGACAUUUCGGUCAUUCAUUAGAAGUCCAAUUAUAGCAAUCAAUUCCAACAAAGUAUCCAAAACUAUACAAAGACAGUACUCUAAUGUAAUGUCACACAAAACAGACAAUAAAACCAAUCUAAUAGAACCAAAAGAAUUGAGAUUUCCAUUACCUUAUGGACAUUUAGCCGCCAAAGAAUGGGGUAAUCCUAAUGGUCUACCAGUUCUCGCUGUUCAUGGAUGGUUAGAUAAUUGCGGAUCAUUUGAUCCAUUGAUUCCACACAUACUAAAGCCACACGAUUUACAUGUGGUGGCGAUAGACGAGCCGGGAGUGGGUCUGUCAUCGCACAAACCUCCCGGUUCUGAAUACGGCCGUUGGAAUACUGUUCUCGAAAUGAAACGAGUGGUCGAUCACCUCAAGUGGACUAAAUUCACGAUCAUUGGUCACUCGCAAGGUGGACACUUUGCGCUGUUAUUUGGUGCCAGUUAUCCAGAACUUGUGGAUCGCAUCAUAACUAUCGACAUAUUCAAACCGCUCACAUAUCGUGGCGACAAUUGGGCCAAAAAGGUGUCCAAAAUAACGGAAGUUCACAUGCGAUACGAGAAUUUCCUGAAUAACGACCCGUCAAAGGAUAGCAAAGCGCCCGUCUAUUCAGAAGCCGAUGCCCUCAAGCGUCUGAUGGAAGGACACGGAAACUCACUCAAUGAGAACAGCGCUCGUAUUCUUAUGCAAAGAGGAACCACUAAACAGAAAUGGGGCCUAACUUUUAGCAGAGAUAUUCGUCUAAAAGUGCCAUCACUUGAUCCGCCGCCCACUGACGAGCAAAUGACUAAAUUCAUGGCUCAUCUGAAGUGCGAUUUGAUGAUAAUUAUGGCCAAUCAAACCCCAUAUCAUAUUCCAGAAGAAAUCAAACAAAAAUAUUACGACAUUUACAGAACUAAUAGUCGCUAUUUUGAAGACAUUAAUAUCGAUGGCUCGCAUCACUUGCAUAUGAAUGAUCCCAUUCCUGUCGCGCAUCAAAUCAACCAAUUUAUUGACCGUUCAUUACAACUACAACUUAAACCUAAACCUAAACUUUAGCAUU